UGGGCGGUUUCCUGGCUCCAGAGUCCAGCUCCUGAGCACAGUACCUACAGCAGACCCAGCCGGGCAGGCCGCCUUGCUUGAGGAUUUCUACCGGCUGCAUCCGGCAUUGGAAGCGUCCAGGGAGACCCUCCGGCCACACGAUGGAGACAGUGACCUUUGAGGAUGUGGCAGUGAACUUCACCGUGGAGGAGUGGGCUUUGCUAUAUCCAUCCCAAAAGAAGCUCUACAGAGAUGUGAUGGGGGAAACCUUUAGGAACAUGGCUGCUGUAGGAAAAGCUUGGGAUAACUGGGAAGUUAAAGAAGAGUACAAAAAUUACUGGAGAAAUCUAAGAAAUAAAGCUUGGAACCAAUAUAAAGAAAUAUCCCUUUGGACUCCAGAUGCUACUACGGACAUAAAACAAGCUAGUUUAAAAUCAUCAAAAAGCUUUGCUUCCAGAAAGUCCCAAAUUGGGCCUUUGUCCCUAAAUGUGCCCAUCUUAACUCACACUGCAUUGAAGCCAUGUAAGUAUUUGGGAUCUGAACAGAAGCUGUACAAAUGUAAUCAACAUGGAAGUAAUUUCCAGUUCUUUCAGAAGCAUGCUAGGACAAAGACUGGAGAGAAACCCUGCAGUUGUUAUCAGUGUGGGAAAUCCUAUUCUGAUCUUAGUGAAAGAACUCUCCUUAGAGAGAAAUCCUUUCUAUGUAAGAAAAAUUUUAAAGUGUCCAUCACAUCUAAUGAUGUUCAGAUCCAUGUAAGAAAUCACAGUGGGGCAAAACUCUAUAUAUGUAAGCAGUGUGGGAAAUCUUUCACCAGACAUGGUGCGUGUAAAGUACAUGAAAGAAUUCACACGGGGAAGAAACCAUAUGUAUGUAAGCAAUGUGGAAAAGCUUUCAGGACACGUAGUGCUUCUCAAAUACAUGAAAGAAGUCACACUGGAGAGAAGCCCUAUGUAUGUAAACAAUGUGGGAAAUCAUUCAGCACGCAGGGUUAUUGUAAAAUACAUGAAAUGCGACACAGUGGGGAGAAACCCUAUUUAUGUAAGCAAUGUGGUAAAGCUUUCAGCACACGUGGAUAUUGUCAAAUACAUCAAAAAACUCACACUGGGGAGAAACCCUAUAUAUGUAAGCAAUGUGGGAAAGCUUUUAGCAAUUGUAGUGCAUGUAUUAUACAUGAAAGAAAUCACACUGGGGAGAAACCAUAUGUAUGUAAGCAGUGUGGGAAAGCUUUUAGUGCAAGGUCUUAUUGUAAAAUACAUGAAAGAACGCACACUGGGGAGAAACCCUAUGUAUGUAAGCAAUGUGGGAAAGCUUUCAGCAGGCGUAGAACAUGUAACAUUCAUGAAAGAACUCACACAGGGGAGAAACCCUAUGUAUGUAAGCAAUGUGGGAAAGGUUUCAGCACACGUUGUGCUUCUCAAAUACAUGAAAGAACUCACACUGGGGAGAAACCCUAUAUAUGUGAGCAAUGUGGGAAGGCUUUUGGCACACAGAGUCAUUGUCAAAGACAUGAACAAACUCACACUGGUGAGAAACCCUAUAUAUGUAAGCGAUGUGGGAAAGCUUUCAGCACACGUGGCUCUUGUCAAAGACAUGACAGAACUCACACUGGGGAGAAACCCUAUGUAUGUAAGCAAUGUGGAAAAGCUUUCAGUUCAGAGGGUUAUUGUAAAAUACAUGAAAGAUCUCACACUGGGGAGAAACCUUAUGUAUGCAAGCAAUGUGGGAAAGCUUUCAGCACACACUUUUAUUGUGAAAGACAUGAACGAACUCACACUGGGGAAAAACCCUAUGUAUGUAAGCAGUGUGGGAAAGCUUUCAACACAAAGUAUUAUUGUAAAAUACAUGAAAGAAUUCACACUGGGGAGAAACCAUAUGUAUGUAAGCAAUGUGGGAAAGCUUUCAACACAAAGUAUUAUUGCAUAACCCAUGAAAGAAAUCAUACUGGGAAGAAGUCCUAUGUAUGCUAGCAAGUUGAGGAAGCUUUCAACAAACAGUCAUUGUCAAAGACAUGAAUGAACUCACACUAGGGAGAAACCCUAUGUGUGUAAGUAAUGUGGGAAAACAUUUAGUACAUGCAGUUAUUGUCAAAUGCACGAAAGAACUCAGUGUGGGGAAACCCUAUGUAUAUUAGCAAGGUGAUAAAGCUUUCAGCAUACACAGGUAUUGUCCAAUACAUGAGAUUUCAUUGGGAAAAAACUUUAUGUUAACCUAUUUUGAAAAUCCUGUAAGAUUUUCUCAUGUAGUGGAGACCAGUAGAAAUAAUUAAAACAAAAUCUUUGAUGUCAAUAUUUCUUCAUAAAUUUUCCAGAAAAUACAAUUCCAGAUGGAAAUCUCCUGAAAUACAUAGUGUGGUUUUCAGUAAAUUCCUUAUAAAUAUCUGGAUUAUGUACCUGUAUUGUUUCAUAUACAAAUAUUGAAUUAACAUAUUUAUGUAUUUUAUGUGUCUCUGAGCUUACUACAGAGUGUCUUUUAAAUAUGGAGAAUUUAAAUAUGCUUUUUACUUUCAAAGAUGGUUUGUGUUUAUGUAGUUUUUUUUUGUCUUGAAAAUUAGGAGGUAUAGGUCACUAAAAAAUUUUCAGGCCAGUAUUAGCAUUUACAUAAAUUUUGUAAUCUUAUGAAAUUUUACUUUUCAUGUUUAUAUUGUUAUGACAUUUAAUUCAGUCUUAAUUUUUGCACCAUAUGUACUAUUGUGAGUUUCUGAUUGCCACUGAACAGCAGAUCUUUAAAUAGCCACCAAAAAGAUACAAUGAAUUAUAGUAACCUCUCCAUACAAGAUACAUGAUGGUAUGACUUAUCAGUAACAACUUUUAAAGGAGUUUUGGUUGGAUGUGGAGUUGUUUUGGGGAGAAUGGUUGCUACUGAAUGCAGCAAGGCAAAUCCCUUUAUUCUAUUCCCUGCUGCUGUGAUGCCAUUCUGUCUUUGGUAAUAAAUUUUUUUUUUCCUAAUAAGCUAAAUUAAUGGGAUGGAGGAGAUCCUAACUCAUGAGAGAUAUCAUUUUGUUCUUUAAAAACUGAAAUUUACUAAUUUACAUUUCAGAUUGUGUUCUGUUUUACUAAUAUUUGAGAUAAAUUUAUACAAUGUCAUUUCUUAUUGUUCAUAAAGCCCACUGUCUGAUAUUUUAGGUAUGUGGUAAUUGCCUUCAAACACAAGAACUUGGACAAUGUGUGUGCAUAAAUCCUAGUCGUUUUUAUUUUAAAGAGAAGAUAGCAAAAACAAAAUAACAAAAACAAAGAAAAUAACAAAAAAACAC